AUGUCUAACAAACCAAGAAAAUCCAUUCCUGCUUCUGAACAAACUGUUGAGGAUGGCGCAACUUUAUUAGAUCCUGCCUGGGAAAGGCAGCAACGCAAGACCUUCACAGCUUGGUGUAACUCGCAUCUCCGUAAAGUUGAUAUCACUAUCAAUGAGAUUGAACAGGAUUUACGAGAUGGCUUGGCGCUAAUUAAAUUGUUGGAAGUGAUUGCAAGCGAGAAAUUGCCUAAACCAGAAAAAGGCAAAAUGCGUUUUCACAAAAUUGCUAAUGUAAACAAAGCGCUAAAUUUUGUUAUAAGCAAAGGAGUAAAAUUGGUAUCCAUUGGUGCUGAAGAAAUUGUGGAUGGCAAUCGAAAAAUGACCUUAGGCAUGAUUUGGACAAUCAUUUUACGUUUCGCUAUCAUGGACAUUGCUGUUGAACAAACCUCAGCUAAAGAAGGGUUACUAUUAUGGUGCCAAAAGAAAACCCAGCCCUACAGGAAUGUUAACAUUCGCGAUUUCCAUGCUAGUUGGCAGAACGGUCUAGGAUUUUGUGCUCUUAUACAUAGACACAGACCCGAAUUACUCGAUUAUCAUUCACUUGAUCCUGAAAAUGCAAUUGAAAAUUUAAACUUGGCUUUUGAUGUUGCUGAUAAAGCUCUUGACAUUCCUCCGAUGUUAGACGCUGAAGAUAUAUCAACGAAACCUGAUGAACGGGCUGUUAUGACUUACGUAUCGUCAUAUUAUCACGCCUUUGCCAGCUCUAGCAAGGCUGAAAUGGCAUCUAAACGUAUUGGCAAUGUAUUAGAUGUUACGAUGAAGAAUGAACAAAUGAUGGAAGAAUAUGAAUUUCUUUCUUCCGAUUUGCUUGAAUGGAUAGCUGAAAAGAUACCAUGGUUAUCAAGUAGACCAGAAGAUGAUAGCAUCGAAUCGGUUCAACAAGCACUAGAAGAAUUUCGCACGUAUCGAUCAAGCGAGAAACCGCCAAAGGCCUCCGAUAAGACGCGUCUCGGUAUAAUAUUCAGUGCUCUGCAGACCAGACUUCGCAUUGCUAACAGACCUGCAUAUGCUCCAGGAGAUGGAAAAGUCAUCACGGAUAUCAACGAUGCCUGGGAAAAUUUAGAGCGCGUUGAACGAGAAUUUGAAGAAUGGAUCUACCCUGAAUUUAGAAGAUUGAAACGCUUGAGCUACCUCCUACAAAGAUUUGAAAGAAAAAGCUCAAACUUAGAAAACUGGAUAGAAGGGACGAAACCCUUCGUAGAGUAUGGUGCCAUUGAUAGUUUAAAACUGGCUGAAGUAUCGGCCUUGAAAAAGAAAUUCGAUGCCUUCAUGUUGGAUUUUAAUGCCCAUAUUGAUUCAUUGGCUGUUAUUGAAGGAAUUGUUGAAGAAAUAAAUAAUUUGGGAUUUACUGAAUCUGAAAGAGUUAAUGACAGAUUUUCGAAUCUACAGCAAGAAUGGCAGUACUUAGGCGAUACCGCGAACAACUUUGGUGCAGAGAUUGAGAAUUGCCUUCAACGGCAACAAAGAGUCGAUGAACUCAAACUUGAAUUUACCAAAUUGGCCGCGCCUGUCAACAAAUGGUUAGAUGGUGCUAUAGAAGAUCUAGAAGAUAUUUAUGAUGUAAACUCUUUAAAGGAACUCGAGGAAUUAGAGGCUAGCUAUAAUGAACUAAACGAAGAAUUUGCAAAGACGGAACCAGAUAGAAAUAGGAUUACGGAAAUAUGUGAGAACCUAAAAGAUUUUGGAGCAGCAGACAAUGAGUAUACUACCAUAAGUGCUGAGGAUAUUGACCGAAAAUGGGAUGAAAUUUCUGAUUUGCUUCCACAAAAAUCUGAAUUACUGGCAGAAUUUCGUAAUAAGCAAAUGUCUGAUGAAGAACUACGCAAAGCUUUCGCUGAAAAAGCAAAUGAAAUUGGCCCAUGGAUCGAAGAAAAAAACCAAUACGUGGGUUAUUAUGUUCGUUCAAUGGAAGGCACAUUGGAAGAUCAGCUGGAUAAUUUACUUGGAAUGGAACAAGAAAUUAAAGCUUUUGGCCAUAAUAUUAAUGAAAUCUUCGAUAUUAGUAAGAAAAUACACGAUGCCAUGAUUUUUGAGAAUCCUUAUUCGAAAUAUACCAUCGAGUCUAUUCGCUCAAUGUGGGAUGAAUUAAUAAACAGCGUUCAUAGCAGUAUCCAAGUAGUCGAUAAUGAGAAAUUAGCGCGAGACUCAAAGGGAAUUACGAAUGAACAAUUGCAAGAAUUUAAACAAGCCUUCAAUCAUUUUGAUAAGGAUAAAUCAGGCGUCUUGGAAAUUAAGGAAUUCAGACAAUGCUUAGUUAGUGUUGGUCUUAUCCCCGAUAUUGAGACGAAUGAUGAAGAAUUCGAGCAUGUUUUAUCAGUCGUAGAUCCUGAUGGAUCUGGCACUAUCACUAUCCAGGAAUAUAUCGAUUACAUGAUACAGGAAAUCUCGGAACAAGAUACUGCCGACCAAAUAGUCGAGUCUUUCCGAACGCUAGCUAAUGAUAAGCCAUAUAUUACUGAAGAAGAACUCAGGCACGAACUCGCUCCAGAUUAUGCCGAAUUCUGUAUUAAGCGCAUGAUGCAAUAUGAUCAACCUGGAGCUCCUGCUGAUGCUUUGGAUUACACAUCUUUUUCAUCAGCCCUUUAUGGAGAAAGUGAUUUAUAAUCAAUGAUUAAGGGUAAUCG